GCACUACAGUGGUGGCGUCAGCGACGAGCCUACCAGGUACGGCAUAGUUCCGGCAGCAGGCUUGCAUCUGCCAAUGCUGCAGAUUCUGCGGCGGUCGUGCAGCUGGAAACCUCUGCCAGGGACUUCACUGACCUUCGUGAGCAAUGGCAGGCCAUGAAUGGCGUCACGGACCAGAGCCUCCUGCAGCAGCUCAUGGCCAAAGAGCAAGAGCUGAAGAACGCCCUGAAG